GGUCGACUGGCGGAGAAGAGGAUUCUGGGAACGACUAAUCAGAAUGGACUGGUUUCUCCCUCCACCUGCUUGGAAAAUACUACAGACGAACAAAUGUACGAACGGGAAGAGGAAAAUAGUGGUUACAGUGAUAGUGUAAAGGAUCUGGUCCAGAAAGCUAAAUCAAAUCACCAGGGGGCUCUGACGACAAUGGAUACAGUGCGUAAACAAAUCCAUGGGGAAAGUACAAGUCCUGAACCCAAACGAGAGAGUCGCCUAACCAGCAUCAUUGACCAACUGCUAAGCAACAAGACGAAGGACAUGCACCAAACUGAUGAUGAUAACAAGAGAAAUGAAAAAGACACUGAAAGUUUCUGUGAAAAGCAAUCUAGUGAUCCAGAAUCACAAGAUAAUGAUUCAGAAGGUACGCUCAAUCGGGAGAUAAGAAGCACGAGGUCUGACACAAACCAGUCAGACACAAACUGUGGGGAAAAGAGUUUUGACCACGUAAUCCAAACUACUAGAGCUGACCAACAAUUACGUUGCGCGUCUACCAGCCCAACAAGACGAUCGCCGGGUAACUACGGAUCUCCUUCCACCUGCAGUACUGAAACUCAAAAUAAAGAUUACCAAGGAUCAUCGCCUGGUGCGCAACUAGAAAAUAGCACGAGAAAAACUAGCACAGAGGGGAUUUUCCCUGCAGGCACUGACUACAAGGCACCACCUGGUGGAGGUCAGCAGCAGCAGCUCGGAGCCUCAGCUUUUUCUUGUUCCUCAUCUAUUAUUUCUCUAAACAACGACAUGCCCACAGACAUGUUAUUAACUGCGCGGGACUCCACCACUUUGCCCGUCAAGCCAGAGCGUCUAUCCCCGGAGUUUGAGUCUUCUUCGCCCUCUGUGUCGCCACACUCACCAAACUCCUCUCGAGCUUUUCCCUCAACUCUCGGUCUAGGAUUUGGGCUCCGGGGAGCUUUCCCUCCAUCCUCUCCUGGUCUGGAGCGGUGCACGUCUUCUGGAUUAGCUUGUGGAGCAUCGGCAUUAAAACAGAUGGAAAUGAUGACUAGGAACUACAGUGAUUUCAUGCGCUGCCUUGCUGCAAAGUAUAACAACCAAAACAAUCAAGAAAGUUUUAGUUUUGUUCAACCUAAUGGGAUAGCUCGACCUUUUGAAACUCAUCUGUACAAGAGCGGAAUUCUGGGAAGAACUUCAGAACCGUCAGACAACAACAGUAGAAAAUUAGAAAGCCACCACAAGUUAUCUCCUGUCCUUGGAGAGAACCGUACAGUUCCCUUCAGUUUCGGCGAUUUUUCAUCUUCACAAACGCUUCUAAACCUAGUUCGAACUGCCAGUGCGCAGAGUGCUUCUCAGCUGGAAAACUAUCUUCGAGGGGCAAAUAAGAGACCACUCGAGUCAGAGAAUAAAUCGGAUCCUUUAGAUCUAACGAUGGGGACAACAAAGCGCCCUCGUUUGGAUACCACUGAUACAUUACUGCAUCGUUCUCGACUGUAUUCGCCUAUUUCACAAAACAUUAGUGACAUUAUUGGCUGUAUAAAAACAGAAACAGAAUCGCUGACAAGUAAUCAUAAUGAUCCCGUGUCAAAGGUCAGCGUCCGAAAAACUCCAAGUUGGUCGAACUUACUAGACGAAAGAAUAUCCAAAUCCGAGAAUUCACCUGUUCGGACAUCGCCCAAAUCUUCUGAUAAAGUUCGUUGUCCUUCCUUUUGUACCGACAAAUCUUGUUCAAACAAGUCAAAUGCUAGUGAGGUUGCACUGUGGACUAUUGAUGACGUUGUGAGGUUUGUGACGUCGGUGGAAUCUUGUGCCGAAUAUGCUGACAAUUUCCGAGAACACUCCAUAGAUGGCACCAGCUUACCACUCCUGAAUGAAGAUCAUUUGACAACUUAUUUAGGAAUGAAACUUGGGCCUGCAUUAAAACUACGAUCAAAAUUGGCGAAGAAAAUAGGACAUUGUGUAGUUUGUAUGCACUGUAUCCAUUGUCAUUUAGAUGAAUAUGAAAAGCGGAACGAUAUAACUACAUCGGGAAAAUAACGUCACUAAUAUUGCCAGAUGGAGGAUUCUUCCUGAUCUAAAAGACAAUAUACAUUAAGGCUCUCUAGCACUCUAGAUAAAACUGCAGAAAUUGUUGAGAGUGAUGAGUGUUGAGUCACAUGUUACAAAUUUUACGACAAUCGACAAUCAUUAAUCAGUGUUUAAACAUGUCAGUCUUCCAAACCAAUCAGUCAGUGGUAUGUGACUUGUUUAAAACUAUAACACGGUGGUGGGAUGUAAUGUCCAAUUUGAAACUAGUAAUGCUUUUUUUUUUUACUGCCUCUGAGUGUUAUAUGUUCAAAGAGCAUAAAAAAACGCGAUAAAUUAGAAUAAUGUUUAAGCAAGAUUUACCAGAUAAAUAUUUAUAUCAUGAACUUCCACAAAUACAUAAAUCCGGAAUGAAACAUUUUUUCCUUCAAUUAAAUCCCAGCUAUAAAAAAACUGGUAACUUGGGGUGAAUUUUAAAGCAAUAUCAAAUGACACAAUAGUCAACUUCUUUAAUAUUAGUUUGAAAUUGAAAAGUAGGAGUGAACAAAAAUUUAGAAUGUUGUGUAGUUACUUUAUACUUUUGCUUCAAACAGUUAACGUUCUUGAGAUGCUUUAAUUAUGUAUUAACUAUUGAUAUCUUUCAAGUACAGUGCAAAUCUCACUAGUGUAUCUACAGGAGACAUAAAGCAUAUAAAAAAAUUAAAGAUUGCAGUUUCGUUUGAUGAAUAUUAAAAGUUGACUAUAAAACCUCCAGACCUGCACAAGAAUGAAUACUUUAGUGACUGCUUGCUCUGUUGCUAAAAGCAUUGCCCUCCAAAAUCUGUUGUUGUUGUUUUUAACGUAUUAUUCUUUGUUAAUAUAAUUUUGCAAAAUUUUGUUUUCUUAAGAUUUUUUAUCUUUCUACAUCUCUUAAUUUUUAGUAAAUUCAGAGAAUGACUUAUUUAUAGAUGCACUACGACAACAUGAGGCCGUCUAAGUUUAAAGUAGGUCUGGCUUGAGUUACACCUAAUUUUUUAUUAUUAUGGUUUGGUGUGUUUUUUUUUAUAGUUCGUUUGUAAGGAAAAAAAUGAAGGUAGUUUAUUAUAUUGCCUCACAUGUGUUGGCACUGGUGUUAUAUGUACAGUUGUAACAUCAAACUAUAUGUCAAGGAAUAACAAGUACGAUAGGUUACUUGAAUUUUUGAACUGGUUUCAAAUAAGCUGACUGCUCAUUUAUCAAAAUAAAUCACUACUUUUUAAUGUGUUCAUAAUAAUAAGGUUUUAUAUUACUGUGAUAUAGAUUUUAUUAAAUUUUACUUAUUCAAACUAAAAUUGUAGCAUAAAAUUUGUGGUGAAACUAGAGGACUCAUUUUCCUUAUAUUUUAUUUUGCCAUAUGGUAGUUCUGUCUGUGGCGUCCUAUAAUAAUAAAUACGUCAUAAUGUCAGUUUUAUCUUUACUUUUCAUCUUGAUUUAUUUAGAAUGCCUAAGCCUUUUUUAAAACUUUGAAAUGUAUUUAAGUUUAAACGAAAUAGGUGUCAAGACUCUUAUUACGAAUCAUGACAGGACACCAAAUCUUUUGUAAAUUAGUGUUUAAUACUUUUGUUCAUGUUUUCAGAAAAAAAGAAGUUUUUUUUUUUCUGUGAUUAAAAUGUUCAAAGUCAUUGCUUUCAAUGAGCACUGAGAAACACUUCUUAGUGAUGUAUAUGUAUCACGGAAACGUGACACUACAUUAUCGAUAGUAGAAGUAGGCCUAACAUGUAGAGAUGUAUCACAGAAACGUGAUAUCACAUUACCGAGUGCAAAAGUAGGCCUAACCUAUGUUAAGUGUACUUCGUGUUCAUUAAGAAUUUUAAGUUUUUUAUGGCUAGAGUGUAUGAAAGUUUCCGCAUUGUUGUAUUGUAAAAUAUAAGUGGUAGAUAUGAACAAAACUGAGGCUCAAAUUCUUACAGAGCGCAUGCGUAUAUUCGCAAGUAAGUUUCUCUCGUGAAUGAAGAUUUGAAAUCGGUGAACAUCAUGGCCAGAGGCGUCGCUAGGUAAUGGAACACAUGGCCCAUGCCCUGAUUCUAUUUGACAGUGCCCCGAAUCUUUUAUGUACCAAGCGACGCCUCUGAGCAUGGCUAUAGGUUAAGAUAAUGUGGUGUUAAAAAUCACGUACGAUUAUGUUGUGAAUGUUUUCUUACAACCUGGCAUAAAAAGUUACUAGAAUUGAGCUUAAAACAAUUAAUUCUAAAAUUAUUAGAGUGCCUGUAAAAUAUUAAAGACAAUAUUACCGUCAAUAAAUCUAAUUUAUCAUUAACCUCGUGAAAAGUAUAAGCCAACUUAUUAGGAUGCGAAUAAUUACAAACUUUAUCUUCUAACACUUUCACUACCAGAUGGAAUCUUAGGUGAGUUUAAUAUAGGCUUAUUGCCAGACAGCUGUGCUCGCCCAAAGAUAACCAAACAAGUAAGAAGUAACACUAACAGAUCGCAUUAAGUUCCUAAUAGGAUUUUUAACGCAAGAGUGCUUUUUUUCCUAUAGUUUUCAUGUUCCACACUUUUACAUGGGUGUAAUUCCAUUUAAUAAUCAAAGGUACGAUAAAUAUGAUGAAAUCAGUACGUGCAUUACCACGGUUACAUUACUUUCCCUCAAAAUUUUUAGUUCCCCAGUGGGUCAGCGGUGAAUUUACUGGCUUACAACGCUAAAACCCGGGGUGGAAAGAGCUCAGACAGCCUUUUGUGUAGCUUUGCCCAAAAUCUAAUAUACAAACAAAUUAAAAAAAAAAUAAUCCUGACUUGAUCCUAGACGUGUGGCUUAUAAUAUACGUAACAUGAUCAGAUAUAUUUUACAAGUCCUUAAGUUUUCAAUUAAAAUAUCAAGCUUAAAUCUGAAUAAAACGGGUUGUUUUUAUUUUCCAAUUAACUACACAAAACACUAAUAUUAUAUGAAAUAAAAUAUAAUUGCACUUGGUAACUGGAGACGUGCUGAGUUUGUUUUAUAUUUACCAGGUUGCACCAUUGCUCGUUUUACAAGUAGAAGCGCCAGGUAUGUUUCCUGUAGUCAUGUAAGAUUUGGUGUUCCUGUGAAUUGAUACUUUAAUUAAACUUAAUGUAUAAUAUAGUUUCCAAAGAUAUCAGAUUUGCGUACAAGUGUUAAAAAAAUUGUAUUAAAGAUAUGUGCAGAAUUUUUACACUCCUCAUUGCCAGAAUAUAAAUCAAUGUUUUAAUAUAUACAUAAAGAUACAAGUGAUAUUUAAAUGUAUUCCAAAGUGAAGAUUUGAUGCUGAACUUUAUAUAUUGUAUAUUGUGUACAAUGGGUUCUAUUAAAAUGGUUGUCUUUUUUUAA